CUCCCGGUUCCGCUGUCGGGGACCGGGCGGGUCGCGAUCGGCGGCUCUGUCGCGACAGGAGCCGCGAGCGGGGCCAUGUCGGACACGUGGAGCUCGAUCCAGGCGCACAAGAAGCAGCUGGACUCGCUGCGGGAGCGGCUGCGGCGCCGCCGGAAGCGGGACCCGCUGGGAGCCGCCGACCCCUGCCAUGACCUCUCCCUGGCCACGCCCCCCCGCACCUCCAGCCCCGCCCCCUCCGGCCCCGCCCCGCCAUGCCCCGCCCAGGGGGGCGUGGCCUCGCUCGGCCCCGCCCCCGGCUCCGCCCCCUCCCCCGCCGGGGGUCCCGAGGGGGUCCCGGGGGAGCCCCCGGAGCCGGACCCGGCGCUGGAGCGGCGCCUCCUGCUGCACCUGUCCGACCUGGCCACGCCCCUGCCCGCCGACGCCGCCGCCAUCCGCGGGGCCAUCGCCGGGGACGACGCUCAGGUGACGCUGCGGGCUGUGGAGAGCCUCCUGCACAAAUUCGCGGCGCAGGAACUCAUCGAGCUGCGCCGGGGGCUGCUGCACGACGGCCCCGCCCUCGUCACCUGCGCCGACCACUCCAAACUGGCCGCCAUGGCGGCGGCGGCGUCGUCGUCGGGGCGUCGGCGCGAGGCGGAGCCGGCCGGCGGCGCCGGGGAAGGGAAGGAGGCGGCCAAGAGGUGCCGGAGGACGGCGGCGUCGGCGGCGUCGGACGUGGAUUUGGAGAUCGAGAGCCUGCUGAGUCAGCAGUCCACCAAGGAGCAGCAGAGCAAGAAGGUGAGCCAGGAGAUCCUGGAGCUGCUGAACACCACGACGGCCAAGGAGCAGUCCAUCGUGGAGAAGUUCCGGUCGCGGGGCCGCGCGCAGGUGCAGGAGUUCUGCGACCACGGCACCACCGAGGAGUGCGUCAAGGCCUCGGGCGGGGAGCGGCCCUGCCGCCGCCUGCACUUCCGCCGCAUCAUCAACAAGCACACGGACGAGUCCCUGGGCGACUGUUCCUUCCUCAACACCUGUUUCCACAUGGACACCUGCAAGUACGUCCACUACGAGAUCGACACCUGCGCGGCCACGCCCCCCCGCGGCCCCGCCCCCCCGCGGCCCCGCCCACCCGCGGCCACGCCCCCCGCCCCGCCCCGCGGCGCCCCGCCCGACGCCGGCGCCGACCGCCUCUUCCCGCCACAGUGGAUCUGCUGCGACAUCCGCUACCUGGACGUGUCCAUCCUGGGAAAAUUCGCCGUGGUGAUGGCGGACCCGCCCUGGGACAUCCACAUGGAGCUGCCCUACGGGACGCUGACGGACGACGAGAUGCGGCGCCUCAACAUCCCCGUGCUGCAGGACGAGGGGUUCCUCUUCCUCUGGGUCACCGGCAGGGCCAUGGAGCUGGGCCGUGAGUGCCUGAACCUCUGGGGGUACGAGCGCGUGGAUGAAAUAAUUUGGGUGAAGACGAAUCAGCUGCAGCGUAUCAUCCGCACGGGCCGGACGGGGCAUUGGCUGAACCACGGCAAGGAGCAUUGCCUGGUGGGGGUGAAGGGGAACCCCCAAGGCUUCAACCGGGGCCUGGAUUGUGACGUCAUCGUGGCCGAGGUGCGCUCCACCAGCCACAAACCCGACGAGAUUUACGGGAUGAUCGAGCGGCUGUCGCCGGGCACGCGGAAAAUCGAACUUUUCGGCCGUCCCCAUAACGUUCAGCCCAACUGGAUCACGCUGGGGAACCAGCUGGACGGGAUCCACCUGCUGGACCCCGACGUGGUGGCGCGGUUCAAGCAGCACUACCCCGACGGCGUCAUCGCCAAGCCCAAGAACCUCUGAGCGCCGCAAUUUGGGCCUUUUUUGGGCUUUUUUAGCCUUUUUU